UGCGCUGUAGAGCUUGCAAAAAUAUUACAGCGAAGUCAUCGCGGAGAGAAUCAUUUCUACACUUUGAUGCGACCGAAACUGUAGCGUACAUCAUGGGUCAAAACCAAUCAGGAGGACCUGGCGGUGGUGGAAGGAAUGGUGACAAGAAAGAUGACAAGGACAAGAAGAAGAAGUAUGAGCCUCCAGUUCCAACCCGUGUCGGUAAAAAGAAGAGGAGAACUAAAGGACCAGACACAGCUAGCAAACUACCACAAGUCACCCCACACACAAAAUGCAGGCUGCGGCUUCUGAAGAUGGAACGCAUCAAAGAUUACUUAUUGAUGGAGGAAGAAUUCAUUCGCAAUCAGGAAAGACUCAAACCACAAGAAGAGAAAGAUGAGGAAGAGCGUUCGAAGGUAGAUGAUCUGAGAGGUACCCCAAUGUCAGUAGGUUCUCUAGAGGAGAUCAUUGAUGAUAAUCACGCCAUCGUCUCAGCAUCAGUAGGCUCAGAAUACUAUGUCAGUAUCUUGUCUUUUGUUGACAAGGAUCAGUUAGAGCCGGGCUGCACAGUCUUACUUAAUCACAAGGUGUUAGCUAUUGUUGGAGUGCUUGGGGAUGAUACAGACCCAAUGGUAUCAGUGAUGAAGUUGGAGAAAGCACCACAAGAAUCAUAUGCUGACAUAGGAGGUCUUGACACACAAAUUCAAGAAAUUAAGGAAUCUGUUGAGCUACCCCUAACCCAUCCUGAGUAUUAUGAAGAGAUGGGUAUCAGACCGCCUAAGGGUGUCAUUCUGUAUGGAGCACCAGGAACAGGCAAAACUCUUCUAGCUAAAGCUGUUGCCAAUCAAACUUCGGCCACAUUUCUUCGAGUUGUCGGCUCAGAACUCAUUCAAAAAUACUUGGGUGAUGGUCCAAAGCUUGUAAGAGAGUUGUUCAGAGUGGCGGAAGAGCAUGCACCAUCAAUAGUCUUUAUUGAUGAAAUUGAUGCUAUAGGAACAAAGAGGUAUGAAUCCAACUCGGGUGGAGAACGUGAGAUUCAGAGAACUAUGUUAGAACUUCUCAAUCAACUUGAUGGGUUUGACUCCAGAGGUGAUGUCAAGGUCAUAAUGGCUACUAAUAGGAUUGAGACGCUAGAUCCAGCCCUCAUUAGACCAGGUCGUAUUGACCGUAAGAUUGAAUUUCCUCUCCCCGAUGAGAAGACAAAGAGGAGAAUUUUCAACAUCCACACCAGCCGCAUGACCCUUGCUGAGGAUGUAAACCUUGAUGAAUACAUCACCUCAAAGGAUGAUCUAUCAGGAGCCGAUAUCAAGGCUAUCUGUACAGAGGCAGGUCUUAUGGCAUUACGUGAGCGCAGGAUGAAGGUGACCAAUGAAGACUUCAAGAAGUCGAAAGAAAAUGUCUUGUAUCGAAAGACUGAAGGCACCCCAGAAGGACUCUACCUUUAAGAUCGAUGUCCAGAAUUUAUUAGUUGGAUGAGGGAGGGGAGAGGGGGGGGGGGUACCCAGGCAUGUUAACUUAUUCCAUAAAUGAAUUUUGUUCAAAGACAAAAAAGUGUCUUUUGGGGGUUUCAUGACAUUUGUUACGGUGACCCGCUCUGAUGGAAAAUCUGUAUGUUAAGCCAAACAUAAAAUCUAAUUU